AUGACGAACUCGAAUAACAUAUCGCCCAACAACCACUCGAUGAACCAAAGACUCGAAAUGCCUCUGGAGAUCAUCAUCAACAAUGCAUCGAAGCAUUACAAUAUCAAAACUGGCUUUCUUUUCAAUCGCUUGAACAUCAAUACUGAUGAUCUUUACAAGGCCUCUUCUUCUCAAUCUGCAGUCGCACCCGGUACUUCGCUAGAGUCUUCAAUGGCUAGCUUAACUGUUCAAUCUGCAGAUGCACCUGAUACUUCUCAAGAGCGUCCGUGGGCUAGCUCAAUGUAUCACUUUAGAGCUCAUACUAAUACUUCUCAAGGGGGUCAUCAACUCCGCGCUAACGCCCCUUCUUUUCAUGCUCGAAGGCUCUUAGCCAACCACUACCUUCUUCAUAAUCGCGGUGCCACCUCUCGUACUCCUGCCCGAGGGUUCUCAGCCCACCGCGCUUCCAUUAAAGCUGUUUGGGAUCGCGCCAAAGCGGCCAGCGAGAAUUCCGGUGCACACACCUCUACCACUAUCUUUAACCCUGCCAUUCAGGCCUUCACUCCCUCCCAAGGAUUCCUUCCUAGAAGAUCCCAAGCGGAGGUUGAUAGCGAAUAUGACUGUGGCUUUCCAUAUUGUGGAGGGUUCUGUGCGAAAUAUCCCGCCCGCGCUGCCAAUGACGACAACAAUGAGGCUGGGCAGCAAGCAAGCUCUUCCCCUGUAAAAGAUGAGAUUCAAGAAAACAUUAUCUUAAGCCAAGCAGGGAUUGAGCACACGCUUGAAGAGGAAAUUGACUACGACGGCGAUCAUACCAAGGAAGACGAUUGUCUAAAUCACGAUGCUAUUGAAUCCGCUUGA